AUGGGCGACACCCCGCUGCCCGCACCCCCGGCGCCCACCCCGGCCCCCACGCCGGCCCCCGCCCCGGCCGCAGCCGCCCCCCGGGUCCCCUUCCACUGCAGCGAGUGCGGCAAGAGCUUCCGCUACCGCUCGGACCUGCGACGCCACUUUGCCCGCCACACGGCCCUCAAGCCCCACGCGUGUCCGCGCUGCGGCAAGGGCUUCAAGCACAGCUUCAACCUGGCCAACCACCUACGCUCGCACACCGGGGAGCGGCCCUACCGCUGCUCUGCCUGCCCCAAGGGCUUCCGGGACUCCACUGGCCUGCUGCACCAUCAGGUGGUCCACACCGGUGAGAAGCCCUACUGCUGCCUGGUAUGUGAGCUGCGCUUCUCCUCCCGCUCCAGCCUGGGUCGCGAGAAGCCCUUCCCCUGCCUGGAGUGCGGCAAGUUCUUCCGCCACGAGUGCUACCUCAAGCGCCACCGGCUGCUGCACGGCCCGGAGCGGCCCUUCCCCUGCCACAUCUGCGGCAAGGGCUUCAUCACGCUCAGCAAUCUCUCGCGCCACCUGAAGCUGCACCGGGGCAUGGACUGA